AUGGCACCGGCUGAGGAUGCGCCGGCAUCGCUGCUGAGCCUCCCAUGGGAGAUUCGCAGCGUCAUCCUCCUCGACGUGCUGACGCGGUCCCACCGGCGAGGCGAACCUGUCUUUGACAACAAGUUUAUGCGGCAACGCGUUCACUUGGGGAACUGCUUCGACGAGAGGAACCCAAAGGAGACCAACAUCUACAUCGAGAAGCCCGGGACCUGGCCGCUGGCUCGGUCCGCCAGGGCCUUGCAGGCAACAUGCCGGCAGCUGCGCGACGAUGUCACGCUUCUAAUCAACCAGACGUUAAAGACGGGCAAAACAAAGGCUCCUUUUAUUCUUGACUUCAUGAUUGAAAGACGUAGGCGUGUUCCCCACACGAAGCGUAUACUCAGCCUGCGCGUGAAUCUACGCAUCAUACGACCCGACCCAAAGGCAGUGCCCCGCGAAUGGAUUAAAUUGGCGCGGUACCCAGAAAAUCUUCCUCGCCGUUGGGGUGAGCUCAAGACGUCCACCUUUUGGAGCUUCUAUGCCGCUCUGGCCUUGAUCUCACUUAGCCGCCUCCGGUAUAAGCCAGCGGACGAUGAGACAAAAGGCAUCGAGUCUGCAGCGGCACCGACAAACAAGCACAGGAUCAGCGUGGUGGAUGCCUACCUAACACCGAUGGAGGCGACGCCGUACGUCGUGGACAGGUUGCAUCUCGACUUUAAGCCGACCGAGUACCGACCAGACGGAGAGCCUAUUGUUCCCAGCAUGGAAGACGAGUCAAGAAACGGCCCCUUCUACAAGGAGGGGUAUGUGCAGUUCGGCCACGAAGUGUUCCAUGAGGAGUCUGGUUAUUCCGAUGGUUUCGAAACGUACGAGCUUAACUUGGAAGAAAAAGCGGCAGGGCGGGUCGCAAGCGGCCAACUACUAAAACACGUCUGGGAGUGCAUUGGGAGAAUCAGCGACUACAAAGACGAAGAAGACGAACUGGCAUUGAGCCAGUACGCGCUGGCGAACAACGUAGGCGAGGUGACGUUCUCUCCACCCCGUGGGCUUCCGCCAGUUGUGGAUGCCGCGCACAUGAUGUCCAUGAAUACAGACACUUGGAUUUCAUCUUACGAGAGUGAAGGCGACUGGCGGACCAUGAACAUCUCCAAGGCAAUUGCGAACGAAGAAGCGAGGGAGGACCCAGCUCAGGGCUACUUGGCCCUGUUGCGUCUGGCCAAGCGGAGAAGAGCCCUAGGCUGGCAGGCUCAGUUUGACAAGGCCCGGGAGGAGUACGAAGCGUUGGCAAGAGUCGAGAGGGAAAAGGGUAACAAACAGCCGAGUGGCUGUGGAGCCUCCCUCACAGAACAGAAGCCUGGAUUCGGUACCUAA